CUCCCAUCGAGAAUUCAAGUUUUGUGCACUCGUGAACCACUGCUUCGCAAGUUUGCAUGUCCGCAGUGAGUGUAAGCCGUUCCUCGCGCGUUCUAGCUUAUCGCUUGCUGCCAUGUCCGGUCGCUUCUCUGUUUUCUCGUCUGUUCGGAAAUUUCACGAGGGGCGGAAAUCCAUUACGGCAAACAGUAUUGAUCCACUAACUAGGUCGGGUGCUUAUACUGCAUCGUCCCCUGCCUUUUUCGCGACAAAGAAGGGAUUCUCCAGCGAAGCAGCUCCAAAGAACUCCCUCCCUGGUCCGCGAUCCACGCCGCUCUUCCGCGUGCUGAAUCCCGAGCUCUACGUGAAGCCCAACGCGGCGGUCGCGCUGGUCGGUACGGUGGCGUUCGUGGGCGUGUUGGGGUCGCUGUAUCUCGAGAAGCGGGCGGUGGAGAAGCAGAGAGCGGAGGCUAAAGCGGCGGCUGAAGCUGCGCUGGUGGCGUCUGGCCGAACGAUACCAUAGGACGACAGGGUGUAGUCAGAAUGGUAGAGGAAACAAACCCUCAACCCUGAUUUAGCCAUCUCGUAUCCGUGACUGUAGAUUUAGCCGUCCUAGACCUCCGGAAUAAGGAUAAGGCCGCAGCCCCUGCAGUUUCCCACAUUGGACUGUUCCAUCUACGGAAAAUCCAGGCCUCUAAUUUGGACGAAGGGAGUGCAUAAGUUGCGUUGCUUGGGGAAGUUGGGUAACAUUGCAAGCAGUCUUCCUAGAGGCGCCAUGCUUUUCCUCCACUGUGCGAUCUUCAUUGCCGCGUAUGCGCUGAUAUGUGUGGGUGCGGCAAAGACUGAACUGGCAAACUGCAGUCAUGCAGGUCUACCAUUUGUACGAAGCAUUGAUUCAAUCCCCUUGUCAAACUUUGGCCGCCCUGGGUUGUCUCAUGCUACAGUUGCUGGUCAUGUUCACCAUGGCACACAGGAGGUAGAAGUUUGGAUGCAGACUUUUGCUCCUGGAAGUGGGACUCCCAUUCAUAGACAUGGAUGCGAGGAGCUGUUUGUAGUUCUGAGCGGUUCAGGGAAGCUGUUGUUUGCUUCAUAUGUCCCCGAUCUUGAUGCACAAAGCAAAAUGCGGGCAUUGGAAGGGGUUGCGGGAAUACCAGUACCAGGUCCUCCCGUUCCUACACCCAUCAGUACCAACAUGACAUUCAUUGUCCCUCCCAAUCAAGUCCAUCAGAUCUUAAAUGAUGCGCCUGAAUGUGGCUCUGAGUUCUGCAACUUGCUGCAGCUUCUAGUCAUCAUAUCUGAACCUCCAAUUCACGUGUAUGCAUACAACUCAUGGGAUGCCCCACAUAGACAAGCUGUUCUGAAGUUCCCGUAUCCAUGGGAUCAAGUGUGCCCUGAUGCUAUUUCUCAGCAGUCCUGAUGAUGAUUGUCCAGGAGACGAUGUCUUGGGAUCCAGUGUUAAUCAGUAUGCAUCAUUGUGGCCUAUUUGCUCGCAGCAAAUACGCAUGGCCCAAUGUCAAAUUGAUCUUCUGUAGGAAAUCGGUCCUUCAGUGCUUGCAACAUCUCUUGUGUCAGCAGUGGUCGCACCACUUGUUGAAUGCCAUC